CAACAAAAACCCUUCUCGAGCGUUUCGUCUUCGUGGUUCGCGGUGAUUAAUCGCAUGCCGGAUUUUCUGCUCUGGUGAUCUCAGUUAUUUCGCGUAAAACGCUGCGUGUGUUGCACUAUUUAUUUAACAAAAUAGUUAAACAUCCCACUGUUGUGCAGUUCUGUGUGAGUAGGUGCCUCUUGUGAAGCCCAUCAAACCGAAAUGGCGAAACGUGUUCAACCGACGUGGCAAACUCCGGGCCAGUCGAGCGAAGAACCGAAACUCCGGCUCUACAACAGUUUGACCCGGCAGAAGGAACUGUUCGUCCCGAAGGAUGGCAAGAACGUCAAAUGGUACAGCUGUGGACCGACGGUUUACGAUGCGUCCCAUAUGGGCCACGCCCGGUCUUACAUCAGCUUCGACAUUCUGAGAAGAGUGCUGACGGAUUACUUCGGGUACAAUGUGUUGUAUGUGAUGAACAUCACCGAUAUCGAUGAUAAGAUAAUUAAACGGGCCCGGCAGAACUUCCUGUAUGAGCGAUACGUUGAAAGAACCACGUCCUUGGAGAAGCUUCUGGACGACAACAAGGAAGUGAUGGAAGCGUUCCAAGGGAAUUUGAGUAAAACGACGGAUCCCGACAAGAAAGCGAUGAUGGAACGUAUGCUGGAGAAAUUGACCGCAGCGGUAGAUAACCUAACGAUAGCGGUCAAAACCGGCGAGGAGGGUAAAGUGAAGGAAGCACAGAGCCGGUUUCUGGAAGACUCCAAGGAUCCCCUAUCGGAUCUGUUGGACAAAAAGGAAGGCGCUUCUGUGAAUGAGAAUUCGAUCUUUGAAACGUUGCCACGAUACUGGGAGGAUGAAUUCCACAAGGAUAUGAAUGCCUUGAACGUGCUUGCGCCGGAUGUGCUUACCAGGGUCAGCGAAUACGUUCCGCAGAUUGUGGAGUACAUCCAGAAGAUUAUCGACAACGGGCUGGCGUAUGAGGCAAAUGGAUCGGUCUAUUUCGACGUGGCCGGAUUCGAUAAGCGUGAGAAGCACUACUACGCCAAGCUGGUGCCGGAAGCCUACGGAGACGCCAAGUCCUUGCAGGAAGGUGAGGGAGAUUUGAGCACAACGGAGGAUCGCCUAUCCGAGAAGCGAUCACCGAAUGAUUUUGCCUUGUGGAAGAACAGCAAAGCGGGGGAACCGUGGUGGAACAGUCCAUGGGGAAAGGGACGUCCCGGAUGGCAUAUUGAAUGCUCUGCCAUGGCUUCCGAUAUCUGCGGAGACUACCUGGACAUUCACACGGGUGGCGUGGAUCUGAAGUUCCCUCAUCACGAUAACGAAUUGGCCCAGAGCGAAGCCCACGAUAAUAGCUCGGAAUGGGUUAAAUAUUUCCUCCAUACGGGACAUUUGACCAUUGCAGGAUGCAAAAUGUCGAAAUCGCUGAAAAACUUUGUCACUAUCCAACAAGCUCUUCAAAAGCACACUGCCACUCAACUCAGAUUGGCGUUCCUGUUGCACUCCUGGAAGGAUACGCUGGAUUACUCCGAAAACACGAUGGAAAUGGCAGUUCAAUACGAACGCUUCCUAAACGAAUUUUUCCUCAACGUCAAGGAUCUAACCAGACACGUUGUCAGUGGUAAGCCUCGGGACCAGUUCAAUCUGUGGACCCCGGUAGAGGCGGAUUUGCAGCAAAAACUGAACGCCACAAAGGAUGCGGUCCACGUGGCUCUCUGUGAUAACAUCGAUACUCGUUCGGCGCUGGAUGCCGUUCGGGAUUUGGUUUCGCACAGCAACGUCUACAUUCGAGAUCACAAGAAUGAGCUCAAUGCGCUGCUGCUGAGACGAAUCGCCGGCUACAUUACGGAUUUGCUGCACAUUUUCGGCGCCAUCAAUGGACCUCGUGGAGGAAUCGGCUUCCCGGUGGGAGGAAGCGCCGGCAGUGCGGAUCUCGAAGAGACGGUCAUGCCUUAUUUGGUUGCCCUGUCCGACUUCCGAACGGCCGUAAGGGAGCAGGCUCGCACACUGAAAGCCACCGACAUUCUCCAGCUGUGCGAUCAAAUUCGCGAUGACAUCCUGCCCAAUUUGGGUGUCCGGCUGGAAGAUCGCGAGGGCAAUCUGUCCGCCCUGAAGCUGGUUGAUCGGGACGUUUUGCUCAAGGAGCGAGAAGCCAAACGGGCUGAGGAAGCUCGGAAAGCGGCCGAGAAGGAACGUAAGAAGGCCGAAGCCGCGGCAGCCCAGGCAGCGAAAGAUGCCCAACGGAAAAUCAACCCGGUCGACUUGUUCCGCUCCGAAACGGACAAGUACUCGGCAUUCGAUGAGCGUGGAUUGCCAACGCACGACACCGAGGGAAAGGAAAUUAGCAAGGGUCAACAGAAGAAGCUACAGAAACUGCAGCAACAACAGGAGAAACGCUAUCAGGAAUAUUUGGAAUCGGUGAAAGCUUGAUUUUGUUUUUCUAAAUUUGUGAUAAGAUAAAAUCGUACUACAAUGCAUUAAUAAAAGGCUUUGCCAUUUUCUCAUUAUCUUGUAA